UAAAGUCACAGAUUAGUGACGAUAAGUUUUAAAGGUUAUGGACGCGUAAUUUAUUACGACACUUAAUAUUUUGUCAUUCCGAAAUAAAUUACAAAAAAAAAAAUGUCUGUUAAAAAAUUCGUCUUGAUUCUACGUUCUAAGAGUAGUCGUGAAGAAAUCAUGCGCGCUCAAAAAAUAUUUUUAGAACUUCGUACUGCUAGUUCGGUUCAAUAUAGAAAGUUAACCGAGUUGGAAUACAUCGACGAAGAUGAAAAUUAUGUUCUGUUUAAUGAACUGAAGAAACCUAUCAAAGUUAAAAUACUGGCUAAUGAAGAUUCAGAAAAUGCUUUGUUGCCAUUGUGUAACAAACCAAAAAGACCAACAAUUCGAAAGCAUUUUUCGAACAGUCCAGUAAGUACGAAAGAGUCUAAAAAACGAGCGAAUGAAGAAACCGGAGAAGAGGGAUGUACUCAGGAAAAGAAAAGAUUAUCACAUACGAAAGAAAAAGUCAUAGAAGCAAGUGACGCGCUAUAUACAUCAGAUGCAGAGAAAAAUAAAAUUAAUGAUCAAUCCGAUAAAGAAACAGAACCAAGUCCAAUCUCAGAAACAGGACAAAAUUCAAUCGUAAAAAUAAGACGAAGUUCAACCCCAGAAGCAAGACGAAGUCGAACCCCAGAAGCAAGACGUAGUCCAACUCCAGAAGGAAGACGAAGUUCAACCCCGGAAGCAACUCCCCGUCAUGUGGAGGUAAAUGUUGUGAUAAAUCCUAUCAAUAAAAAAUUUCAAAACGGUGAACCUAAAAAACCAUUCAGUCAGCGCAAAUAUGAAAACGAUGAUAUUAUUUUAGAUUUAUCUUCAAUUCAACCAAAGCCCUCUUCUCAUGAACAAAUGAACCCACCAAUCUUUACACCAGAAGGUUCUAAAAAUAACAAGAAUAAAAGCAGUGAAAAAGUUACUACGGUAAAUAAGAAUAUGUUUGUUGAACCUUUGGAGGAUGAAAUUGUAAACAUGAGUUAUAAUGAUGAGCCGGUAUUUGAAAAAGUUCAAGAAUCAACAUCUAAAUUUGAUAGUAGGAAGAAUGAUACAGAUAAGGAAAAUGCAAAGACUACUCGUAACUCGAAAAAAGAUUUAAACAAUGAUUCCAUAUCACCUGAAAAAACAAUGGUCAAUAAAUUUAAAACUGUUGAUCAAAAAAGAAAAACAGUAGUUGUUGCGGGAUAUACUAUGGACGAAAACUACUAUAAUAAAGCUAGAAGCUCAAAGAACGUCGCAUCUAGACUGUCUAGCAUUAUGAGUGGAUUUUGGAGUGAUGAAGAAGCUUCAAAAUAUUGUUUAAAAGCGCGAUCAGAUAAACCGCAUUUGCAAGAAAUCGGCGACGCUGAAUUGAUGCCCAUAAAAAGUAAUAAUUACUCAAUCAUUAAUAAUAUCGCAUAA